AUGACGUCUAGGCUGUCUGACUUUCUCAGGUCCCAGUGGACCUUUCCGAUAGGCCGCCAUCGACAGGAAGGCAUCAGAUUACAAUCUCGCGCCUCUCACGAAACAGUUGAAAGAGAGCCAUUUAUAGUAGAUGGAGAAACUCUUGAGCAAGAGGAAUUUACAACAUGGAUAAUUCGGAAGUCACUGCGCCUAUGUACCGAUAUACAUGAAUUCAUCAUUUCAGAGCAGGGAGUGGGAAUAUUCAAGUGCAGCCUCGCAUAUCUACUCGCAUCCCUAGCAGUUUUCAUACCAAUGGUUGGGAAUCUCUUGGGCCAUCAGAACGGGAAACAUUUGGUUGCGACGAUCACAGUCUACUUCCAUCCAGCAAGGUCGCAAGGCAGCAUGUAUAAAGCACUAAUAUGUGCCUUCCUCGCCUUUCUCUAUGCGGCAAGCCUCUCGCUAUCGAGCAUGUGGGUUACAAUAUUUUUUCAGAGAAAGCACGACAUGAUUGAAUUCGGCCAUGCUGUGGUGCUGAUAAUAUUCGUUGCCGGUGGAUUUGGGUUCAUUGGAUGGACCAAACAGAGACUGAACGAUCCGUUAGUCAAUGUUGCCUGCUCUUUGGCUUCGCUGGCUUCGAUAAUUGUUAUUACCAGGGAAGGCGCUAUUCAAAGAGGCACCCUUUCUUUCGACAAGAUAUCCCAGGUCCUGAGAAUGCUCAUUUUAGGCGUCGGAAUUUCGGCAGCUGUGUCGCUGUCGAUACUGCCUCUUUCUGUGCGGAAGAAGUUCCAAGGGAAUCUUGCAACUCUAACAGACACAGUGACGUUGCUGCUUAUAAGUAUCACCGAUAGCUUUGUUUGCGGGUCGAACGACGAGCUUCUAACAGUAGAGUUCAUCAAUCUCUCUGCACGUCAUGAUAAAGCCUUCUCUCAAAUGAAGAGCAUAAUGGAAGAUGCAAAGCUUGAGCACUAUGUUGCGGGAACAGCAUCGGAAUAUUGUCUUGAAAGGCGCCUUGUGUGUUUAUUGGAUGACAUCAACCAUAGCCUGGGCAGCCUCCGCAGCGCCGGAGCUUUACACUCUACAUUACUCACACGGGCCAGAUGUUCUGGGCCAACACAGAUUCGAUGCCCAGAAACCAAUCUGUCUGGUUCUACCACCAUAGAACGUCCAAGGCUAGUCAAUCAGCCACAACCUGUUACAAGAACAGACGUGGACCGCUACGAGGCGCAAAAAUUACAAUUUGCACCUGAUUUCCAACAGGACGCACCUUCAAGCCAGUCUGGAGAUCUUUUUAAAUUAACGUCUACGCUCAAAAUUCCUAUGCUCCUUCUGGCUUCUACUAUGCGAGAAAUUUUCAAAGAAGUGUGUUUUGGACCUGCUCCCGACUUCAGGAUUUUACAUAAUGGUGGCGCUCGCUUCCGUAUCGAUGAGGCAGUUAGGACAUACCGAGAAGAUCGAUUGUCCACUCUGUCUUUGCUUUCUCGCGAAAAGGAGAUAAUCUGUCUUACCCAGGAGAACAAAGCUGGUCUUGAAGAAAUUCUGGCAAUCUGCGAUUACUUUUCCGUGUCUCUCCUCAAGUUGAGUGAGCAGUUGGAACAGUUUUUAUCAAUUUUGCAGGAGCUGCAAGUCGAGGUUGAUGAAAGACCACACGAACAGUCUUGGGCCUGGAUAUAUACUUCAUGGUGGCGGUAUGAUCAUCAAUCCCCUUCAUCUCAUUAUCGCACCGCAGACAAUAGUACAGUCACGACACACAUUUCAAAUCCCACGGACCUGCUUGAAUAUCAGCUCCUUAGACAAACGCCAUACAGAAUUUCUGGUUUUUUUCGCACAGAUGAAAUCAAGUUCGCUCUCAAAGUAGGGAUCGGAGCAGCACUCUACGCCUUGCCCUCAUUUAUAUCCUGGACGCGACCACUCUAUCUGUUUUGGAGGGGAGAAUGGGGCCUUCUGUCAUACAUGUUGGUAUGCUCAAUGACUAUUGGUGCAUCAAACACCACGGGGUAUGCUCGGGUUCUCGGUACAUGUCUUGGGGCCCUCUGUUCGAUAGCGGCAUGGUACAUCACCGGAGGACAUGCUUUCAGGCUCGCAGUGGUCGGUUUUUUUAUGGCCCUCGGGCCAUUUUACAUGAUCAUUGUAAAGGGCAAAGGCCCUAUGGGCCGUUUCAUACUACUAACAUACAACCUUUCCGUGCUCUAUACUUUCUCUUACUCGCAAAACAAUAGUAGCGAGCAGGAUGACGGGGCCGAACACCUCGAUAUCACCGAGAUCGCCAUUCACCGAGUCAUAUCUGUCAUCUCGGGCUGCAUUUGGGGUAUCAUCAUCACACGCUGCAUCUGGCCCAUUCGUGCGCGGACAAAGCUCGAUAAUACUUUACAUCUACUGUGGUCCCGUUUAGUCUUGAUUUGGAAAUCUGAUCCAUUGAACGCGAUGACCUUGGCAGACGCAGGCAUCCCUGUUCACUACAUGAACUCUCGCGAUAGAAGCGAGAUUGAGCACCUCCUUUCACGGCUCGAGCAUGUUCAGGCAUCGGCGCGCUCCGAAUAUGAUUCAAAGAGCCCUUUUCCAGAUGCCGCAUACAGUAACAUCAUUUCCCGGACAAGGACCAUUAUAGACUUUCUUCAUUCUAUGAAUCUCAUUCUCCUUGACAUUCCUGCGCCAUCGGAAGAGCAGAUUUCAUUUCUACGAUCUACUACCACUAUUAGACAGCAACUGUCCGAGCGCAUCGGUCACCUGCUAGCUGUUAUGGCUUCGUCAAUAGCGCUUGAGAGUACCUUCAGCGAAGUUCCAUCAAAUAUAGAAGAAUUACGGGACCAGCUUCUGGCACAAAUUUUUUGCUAUCGCCAAGAACGAAUGUCAUCUCGUUCGACUAAUGAUAAUGACUACGUUUUACUUCAUUCCUUCGUUAUUGUUACCAAGCUAUUGUCAGAUGAGAUAUUUGAGAUCAUGAUGGAACUGGGCCGCAUUUUCCCAGUCCCAAUUGAUGAGGUCUCUCUUUAUGUAGAUACAGUAUAA